AUGAGUCACAGAGAAAGAGAUAGAGAUAGGGAUAGAGAUAGUGAUAGAGAUAGGGAUAGAAAUAGAUAUAGUAGAAGUAGAAGCAGAGGAAGUCGAAGUAGAAGCCGAAGUAGAAGUAGAAGUCGAGAUAGAAAUAGAAAUAGAGAUUAUAAUAAAGAUAGAAGUAGCAAUAGAGAUAGUUAUUAUAAUGAUAGAGAUUAUAAAAAAGAUAGAAGUAGCAAUAGAGAUAGAGAUUACUAUGAUAGAGACAGAAAUAGAGAUUAUAAAAAUAGUAGUAGUGGUAGUAGUAGUGGUGGUGGUGGUGGUGGUAGUGGUGAAAACUAUACUGUAAAAUCAUCCUCAUAUAGAGAAUCUAAUAGCAAUAAUAGCAAAGUAGAAAUUCAAAAACAAGAAAAUAUAUCAAAAGAUUAUUUUAUUGAUAAUAAAGGAGUUAAUAACUCGAUUGAAAGAAAAGAUAAUAUUAAAAAUGAAAAUAAUAAUAAUAAUUCAUUUGAUAAUAGAAAAGCAGAAUUUAAUAAUAACAGCUAUGGUGAAAAAAAAGAAUUUGAUAAUAAUAAUAAUAGAAAUUACCAUGGUGGUAAUUCAAGAUAUGUAAAUAAUAAUAAUAAUAAUAAUAAUAAUAAUUAUAAUAAUAAUAAUAAUAAAAGUAAUUAUAAUGGUACAGACUUUUUUGAAUAUAGAAAAAAAUUAAGAGAAGAAGCAACAUGUUUUUCGGUUUAUGAAAGAUCACCUUCACCACCUAAAAAAGGUGAAUUGGAAGAAAUUGAUGAUCAAUUUUUAUCAAACAAAAAGAAAUCAAAGAAAUCACGAAGAAAAUCUUCUUCAAAUUCAGAUUCUUCAUCAUCUGAUUCAGAUUCAGAUUCUUCAAGAUCAAGAGAAAAGAGAAAAAAAAGUAAGAGUAGAAAAGAUAAAAAGAAAAGAAAAGAAAAGAAAAAACAUCAAAGGAAAUCAUCAAAGAGAUCGUCGAAAUAUUCAGAUUCAGAUUCGGAUUCGGAUUCAUCCUUUUCAGACUCUGACUAUUCAGAUUCAGAUCGUAGUGAUUCUGAAGGUAGAUCAAGAAAGAAACGUAGUAAGAAACGUAGUAAAAAACGUCACGACCAUCAUAAAGAGAGUGUUCAUGAUGCGUCAAUGUGGGAAGAGAAAGUUGAACAACAAACUCAAACUCUAUCCAAUAGAGAUAUUGGUCCAAAACCAAUUUCAGAGGUUCAAGUUGGUAGUUAUGGUGGUGCUAUGAUGCCUGGUGAAGCUGAGGCAAUAGCACAAUUUGUCAAAGAGAAUAAACGUAUUCCAAGAAGAGGUGAAGUUGGUUUAACUAGUGAACAAAUUGCAUCAUUUGAAGAAACAGGUUACGUUAUGAGUGGUAGUAGACAUCGUAGAAUGAAUGCUGUUCGUAUUCGUAAAGAAAGUCAAGUCUAUAGUGCUGAAGAACAAAAAGCUUUGGCAAUGCUCAAUCGUGAAGAAAAGGCAAAAAGAGAAAAUCGUCUUUUAGCUGAUUUUAGAGAUUUAAUUAAUACAAAACUUCAAGCUGAUUAA